UAUCAGGCUAUGUCUGAUGCUUUGUCUGAUCUCCCCGAGUGGUAUGGUAUAAAAGAAAUGCAAGCAAAUUGGAUAGGUGACUGUGUUGGAUGCUCUCUUGACUUCUUGCUGAAGGUGAAUGGCAAAGUAACAGAAGAGAAGGUAGCAGCUUACACCUAUACGCCUGAAGCCAUUUAUGGAGCUUCCCAUUUAUGUAUCUUACCGACUCACAGACUGCUGCAUGGGAAUAGCAGUCUCAAGGAGGUCUUUCAGAGGGAAUUCAUCCCAGGGAAAGACUCGCUUACUUCAGUGACAGCUGUGAAUUUGCUUACCAAUCAGGAGAUUCCUGUAGUCAUCUCAGCGAAAAACAAUUUUGAGAAUUUUCUCGAUACUAAAAUAGGAAUACCUAGCACAAGUGCAGAAGAUGCUGCAGUAGCUAAGAAUCUGGGCAUUUCUUUCACUGAAGUCAUGGAAACAUUGCCAAAUGGUUUGGAGAAAGUCAUUAAUUCUGGAGAGAUCACAGGCAUGACUCGGCAGGAGGCUUUAAAAGCUAUUACCCAGCAGGCAAAAAAUAAAGGAAUAGGUGGAGACCUAACGAGUGACAAAUUAAGAGACUGGUUAAUAUCUCGACAGCGGUACUGGGGAACACCUAUUCCUGUCAUUCACUGCCAGACAUGUGGCACUGUCCCCGUACCUUAUGAAGACUUACCUGUGGUGUUGCCCAGUGUAACCACCUUCACAGGAAAGGGAGCCUCACCUUUAGAAACUGCUCCAGAAUGGGUGAACUGUUCCUGUCCGAGGUGUAAGGCAGCAGCACGGCGAGAAGUUGAUACCAUGGAUACAUUUGUUGAUUCCGCUUGGUACUACCUGAGGUACACUGACCCUGGCAACACGGAGAGGCCCUUUAAUAGCGACUUAGCAGACUACUGGAUGCCUGUGGAUUUGUACAUCGGAGGAAAGGAGCAUGCAGUUAUGCACUUAUUCUAUGCGAGGUUUUUCAGCCAUUUUUGCCAUGACCUAAAGAUGACAAAACACAAGGAGCCUUUCCAUAAGCUCUUGGUUCAAGGUCUUAUCAAGAAUCAGACAUUCAGACUAACAACAACAGGCCAGUGUUUGAAGAGGGAGGAGGUUGAUCUCACUGGAACUGAACCAGUUCACUUAAAAACUGGUGAGAGGCUCCAAGUCGCGUGGGAAAAAAUGAGUAAAUCUAAGCACAAUGGAAUAGACCCUGAAGAAUUAGUGAAGGAGUAUGGCAUUGACACCCUACGCCUUUACAUUCUGUUUGCUGCUCCUCCAGAACAAGAUAUUUUGUGGGAUGCUAAAACUGAUGCUAUGCCAGGUGUUCAGAGAUGGCAGACACGCCUCUGGGCACUUGUAACCAAAAUUAUUGAAGCAAGGACUUCAGGAACCAUGCCCAAUCCUGAGCUUCUGAAUAAGAAAGAGAAGGCUGAAGCCAGAAAGAUCUGGGAGCAGAAGAAUCUGGUGAUUUCUGAGGUAACAGACUACUUCACAAAGGAUCAUUUGUUCAAUGCAGCCAUUUCCCGAUUGAUGAGCCUCACUAACAUACUCCAU